GAUAUAGAGCAUUGGCAUAGAGUAUUGCCCCCUAUCCAAUGCUUACCAACUCACAGACUUAUAUUUUAGCUUUCCAUUUGACUGCUGCCCUUACUCUUUGUCAUCAUUGGAUUAGUUUUUAUUAUUAUCCAACAUUUAGCUCUCUUUAAUUACUUUAAAUGUAUUAAAUUGUAAUUGUCAUUCAACAAAUUGUGAUUGAUUUGUACAAAUGGAAUCUAUAGGAUCUAUGGAAUCUGAUAACGAACCUGCCAACACAGCUUCAAUUGAUUUGUCAUCUCUGUCUGGUGAUACCAUUGAGCCUCCUGAAAAAUUUAAACUUAUAGCCAAAUUUAUGAAAGAUUUUGGACAAAUCAUGGCCCAGAAUGGAUCAAAACAAAAUAAAUUGUUUAAAAGAAGAAAGACGAAACAUAACAGAAUCCGUAACAUUAAAGCGCAUGAUGAUUACUUUGAUGAAAGUAUAAUGGACGUGAUUAUCCAUAAAUUAGCAAAUAUAACCAUGCUUACUGGAUUAGAUAUAUCAGGAAAUGGCCCUGAAAUCGUAUUCCAUAGUAAAGUUAUUGGAAGAUGUCACUCUGAAAAUGGUGGCCCAGCAAAAUUAUUGAUUCAUUGGGAACCUGAGGGAUUUAUUCCAGAUGAAUGGAUAUUAGAGAAAGAUUUUGAUGAAAUGUCUUCACGUUGUGUGCCACUUCAUUCACUUCUUAUCGAUGAAAUUUAAUGAGAAAAAAGUGAAUGAAAAAAAUUGUAGUAACGAGGCCAAUAUACAUGAGAAUCAAUUUCAUUUUAUGCAAACAUUUCAAACAUAAGGUUUUAUUCGUCGAUUGACAUUGACAUGAAACCUACACCUGUUCAACUAACCAUAGUAAUGGCGUUCAUCGGAAUACCAAUUAAUAAAUUGCACGAAUAAACUUGAUUUCACUUAAAUUUUACUUAUUGAUUAAUUAAGAAAAAGCAUCAACAUUAACUUAAACUGGGCAAAAAGAUUUGCAAACAUUGGUAACAUACUCCAUCUGUUAUUUAAAAAAUUGACUAUUUUUGAUACCAUUUCUACCAUUCUGUCUUUUGUUGUAUCUUUUCUCACCGCCAUUUUUCGCACACUGCAAUUCAAAUUGUUAUUUGAUUGUACAUUACUGUUCCUUAAUAUAAAAGUGAUUAAAAUUAUUUUUGUUGUAUUGAAAGACAUUUAUUUUGUUUGGUCCGUUAAUUUAAACACUUAUCGAUGGGUCAUGAAGAGGAGGUUAUGCGUAUUGGAAAAAAGUUGGAUAAAAUGGGAGCCAAAAAGGAAGGUUUUGGUCAAGCAUUGGAUUUAUUAAAAGCGCUAAAGGAUAUACCGAUAACUCUGGAAAUUUUACAAAGAACUCGUAUUGGUAUGGCUGUUAAUAAUUUAAGGAAAAACUGUUCAAAUGAGGAGGUAAUCAGUUUGGCCAAAUCUCUCAUAAGGUCGUGGAAAAAGCUUCUAGAGGUUUCAAAAGAGGGCAAAUCAGACGCUAACAAUAGCGAUAAUAGUAAUCCAGCGGGAUCUUCAGCUGGUAAAACAACUGGCUCAGGAAACGGUGGUAGUGGAGUUAGCAAUGCUGGUAACAACAAAAAUGGUGCAAAUAAGAAUACAGCAGCUCGUAAUAAUGCUCCAGCCGGUGAUAAUAAACCCAAACAAUCUUUUCCAUCAAAUACCUCCAAUGAAAUUCGUCUAAAGGGACGACAAUUAUUGGCUGAAGCUCUUAAACAAGGAAUGGAAACCGACACCAAUGAGACUUUCUUCGAUCCAGAAGAUUUAGCUGCCCAAAUAGAAGAUUGUAUUUACAAAGAGUUUAAAGAUAUUAAUAUGAAAUACAAAAAUAGGAUAAGAUCUAGAGUUUCCAAUUUAAAAGAUCCGAAAAAUCCUGAUCUUAAAUUUAACGUUCUUCGUGGACACAUUUCAGCUGCAAAGAUUGCCGUGAUGACAGCCGAGGAAAUGGCAAGCAAUGAAAUGAAAGAAUUACGACAAAAGCUCACGAAAGAAGCUAUUGAUGAACAUCAGAUGGCCGUUACAGGCGGUACAAAAACAGAUCUCAUCAAGUGUCCUAAGUGUAAAAGAUCCAACACUACCUACAAUCAAGUUCAAACGAGAAGUGCUGAUGAACCUAUGACCACAUUUUGUUAUUGUAAUGAAUGUGGUCAUAGGUGGAAAUUCUGUUAGAGAAUACCUUUUUCUUCCUAUUUUUUCGUCAACUACAUCUACCUGCAGAAAUACUUUUGUGUUUUCUUACAAAGAACAAUUAUGACAAAAAAUCUCGAUAACUUUUUCACCAUCAUACCAAGAUUCAGUAAGACAGACGUUCAUCGAAAAUGGAGAAUAAAACUCAAAUUGCAACAAAAAAAUUAAAGAUCACAGCAAAGCUCAGUAAAAUCAUUUCUUUCAAUACCUAGAUGCACUUUUGUAACAUUUAUCAAGAAUAUCUUUACAUUUCCCACCUCGACAUCAUCCUUCAAUUUUACUUCAUCCAAGUAUAAUGUUCAACACAUUAACAAAUUAUUGGACGCUCCAUGUGAUCAUUUCAUACAAAUACUUUCGAAUGUUUCUCCGAAUGUGAUUGAAAAGUUUCUCCUAUCAAUAAGAUGCCUGCUAAAUAAUUACCGCAGAUUCAACAACGUCGAAGUUCCAAUUUACAAUUCCUCUUCAACUCAGUUAUUUUUCUCACAAAAUUGAGCAGUAAAUGAUCUCAUCUUGUGAAAUCCAUAUUUCCAUUGACUUCGAGGCUAAAGAAAGUUUUUCAGUUGCCUUUCUCAAAUCUAUCUUGGUAAAUUGUAUCUCGAAAUCAAUCCAAAUUUGUUCAAGCUUAUAAAAGCAGACCCAUAGAUUGUAAUAAUUAAUAUCUUAGGAUUUCUUGUAAUCAAACAAUCCUAUCGUUAAGCCGAAUUUAAAGUGUCAUUCGAUUUUGGAUAAGUCAACAUCUCUUCAUUUAAAAAUAAACAUCAAUGGUUGUGUUAAA